ACCCAUCGAGAUACUAUCAAGGGUCCCCAUCAAAAUGGCAGCGGAUCAGGAGAGCGGCAGAGAAAUCAAUGUUCAGGUGUGGUCGAGACUUCUGCUUGGAGACCAGCAUCCAUGGAUUCAACCAUAUUGCUGUACCUAAUCGCCAUUGGACAGAGAGACUCCUCUGGCUGGUCAUCACCUCGGCAGCCAUCUGGGGCGCCGUGAGCGUGUCCCUUGGACAGCUGCAGCGCUACAACGAGAAUCCUACAGUCAUCACCCUGGAGAAGGACUUCAGGACUUGGCGGUACAGCCUGCCUGGAGUCACUACGUGCGAUAGGAACAGAGUGAACCCCUCCAAACUACCUUCAGCCAUAGCAGAGCGUUGGCACGUAGACCCGUCAGAUCCGAAGUACCCUUACUAUGCAAAGUUCGUCUCUAAUGUCGCCAACUCGGACCUGUUCCACCUGGAGGGCUACGAGGAGUUCAAGGACGAUGAGACCUUGAAUGUGGACCUGUACCAGCUGGUGAUUGAUGUUCAACCGGACCCCCAAGUGAAGACGACCUGGUCCCAGAGCAGCCCUACAAAAUGGAUCCCGGUCAUUACAGAAGCUGGUGCCUGCUACGCCACCAACUCCAUCGCAGUCAAUGACGUGGCCACUAUCAAACUCAAUGCAAAUGAUACGAAGAAUUUCCCGAUCACCUGCAAGUACUCCUCUUUCAGCUGCUUCGUCAUCAUGGAGUUGGAUAAGGAAGCUGAUUUCUACGUGCACUCUCCGUACGACGUGUCGGACAUCACCCAGAUGAAGGCUACCAUGUUCGCGUCCCUAAACCGGCAGAGUGAACUUAGCGUCAUGGAGACGCACUGUGGACAGGGGGUCCGCCCGUUGAAGCCGGCCCGGCGUGGCUGCCGGUUCACCGACGAGCCUCCUCACCAACGAGACAAGGUGUACAGUACCAACACCUGCCGCCUGGCCUGCAGGAGCCGUCUGGCUAUCAAGCUGUGUGGCUGCAAGCCUUUUUACUACAUUCAUCAAGAAGGCCCGAUCUGCACCCCCGCCGGUAUGCACUGCCUGUCGUCCCACGCCCAGCAGCUGAAGGUGAACGGCGGUCAGAAAUGCAGCUGCAGCCCGCAGUGCCUCGACGCCACCUUCCGGGAGAUCGCCAGCAACGAGGAGAUAUGGGGUAAAGGCCCGUUCUCGACCCGGGGCACUGUCCGCUUCACCAUCCAGCCACCGCGCACCCGGUACACCAGGGAGAUCGUCUUCUACUUCCAGGAUCUUGUGGUGUCAUUCGGAGGAGCAGCAGGCCUGUUCUUGGGGGCCAGUUUCAUCAGCUUCGUGGAGAUGUUCUACUUUGUGAUGGAGAGGGUCUUCGGGCUGUUCGGAAGGAGACCACGGAAGCAUGAGCAUGUUAAGAGUGUGGAAACCUUUGUUCCAUAUGAAGCAAAACAAAUCAUGGAGUUGACCACCAUCUUGGAGAACGAGAGAAAAUAUGAACAGCUGUUAGAUGCCCAGAAAAUAUAUGGAAAAAGCUACAAAUUAUUGAAAAUGCCUGAAAAAUAGGCGUAGGUUAACCAAUACUUUGUGCGCCAUUUUUAGAAGUGUUUUUUUUUUUGCAUUUUAAAAUAUGAAUUAUAAAAUAAAUAUUUUAAGUCUGGGUUGUCUGGAAGAGAUCGCUUCCUAGCGAUAAGACCGCCUGUUUUGUGCAUUUUGUGUGUAUGUAAUAAAGAGUAUUCUAUCUAUAAAUAAUACCAGUCAUAUUUGUUUGUAUGUUUACUGAUUGAUAAUUUUACAAAUAAUUUAUCACACAUUUCGUCUGUCC